CGGCCAACACGACUGUGCAUAGGGGUUCAUUUCCGAGAGCAUAUUUUAUCGUGUUGUGAUGUUCUAAAUGAUCGUAUCUUCCAAGUCGUGCGUACGGUGUCCACUGAAACAUCUAAUCUAGCAUGUGCUGUUAGUCUGCUUCAGGAGAGUAGGACCACAGAUUAUGGAGGGGAUCACGGGAAGAGAAUUUACCUAUUUUUACGUCUUACCAACAUAACAGCAUUUACUCGCCGCAACGAGACACAGAGAUGCGUUUCAACGAAGUGACAGAUUGAGAGGCCGGUCGUCAACUCCGGCUCGAUAGUGAAGACGAAACGGUACUUUCUUCCCAGUUUGUUGUUCGGCGGGUCUGUCAAUAUGGCUGCAGCGUGUUUUUACUAGCGGUCUCUGUUCUCUCUCCAAGAUGACAAGCUUGUGAUGUCAGGGACUCCGCGAUCGGGUCGACAUUGACAUCGGGUCACCAUUCAGGACAACCAUGAUAUGUGAAUCGUUGGGAGGUUGUCUGUUCGGCGUCACUUCUUAGCUAGCUCAUGCCAGUCCCAUGUUCAGACUGUACAAUACCACCGGGAUAUGAUUAGGCCUAACAUGGCCAGAUACCUAAAGUAAUUUCUGCAGUCCUAAUGGUAUUCUUGACUCACCAACUGAAGAUGUUUCCUUGGAAGUGCAGGUUUUAGUUGAAUAUCGGCUUGAGAUGCCUGGAGAGGAAUGCUGUAUACAAAAAUAUGAUCGCCUCACCUUGGGGCAAGAAGUCCAGAAGGAGUUAUCUUCCUGUGAAUGGAUUACCUCCCCUUCAGUCUUGCCUCAACAAGCGUGCAAUAUGGACCCUGCUUUGGUGGUUAUUGCUGAUUGCAGAGGUGUUCAUCUACAGCUCAUACACCAUCCUGGCGCACCUGUGUCUGGUGGAGGGGAAACUGCCGUUCAGGUCAUCGUCAGUCGUCCUCUGUACAGAAGUCCUCAAGAUUGUCUUGUCGAUAGCAAUGUUGUUGCCGGAACUGUGGAGAGGUGACAUGACCAUGCCGUCACUGUCCAACUGUCUGCUGUUCAUGGUUCCAGCCGUGCUGUACUGCAUCAACAACAACCUCAGUGUUUACAUGCAGGUGCAGAUGGACCCCACCACCUACCAGAUCCUCGGCAACAUGAAGGUGAUCACCACAGCGGUGCUUUACAGGGCGAUAAUACGAAGGAGGCUGACCGUCAUACAGUGGGCGUCUCUGGCUGUGCUGGGUGCAGCAGGCAUAUUUGACAGCUAUGGUGGUAUGCAGACCAAGGGCGCAUGGUCCGGGGAGAUACACCUGACUGUGUCCGGUCUGAUCAUGAUGUGCACUUACUGUUGUAUAUCAGGCUUCGCAGGGGUCUACACCGAAUACAUAUUAAAGAAACACUUUCAGACCUCCCUCCACGUUCAGAACACCUUACUGUACACAUUCGGUAUUGUCCUCAACGGGGGAGUGUGGGCCGUGCAGGAGGCUGGGAGUGGCAAGGAAGGAGGUGAGAGCUCUGGUGUGUUUGAUGGAUUCACUCUGUACACCUGGGUCAUCGUUGUCACUCAGGCCUUCAACGGGCUGAUAAUGUCGGCCAUCAUGAAGCACGGCAGCAACAUCACACGUCUCUUCAUCAUCUCCUGCGCCAUGUUGGUGACAACACUGUUCUCUGUCGCCAUCUUCCAGUUGGCCCUCAACAUGUAUUAUGUCCUGGCGUUUGUCUUGGUCAUAGUGGCCCUGUACAUGUAUCAUAGAUGAGGCUGUAAUCAAACUAUUGACUGAGGAGUGUUUUAAAUGGCUUAACAUGAAAUGUAAUGAUCUGGAAAGUUGUUCAAGGUUUGAUUGUUAUGGUUAUUAUUACUGCAGUCGUGACCUAGUUCUACCUGAAACAAGGUCGUGUUGAAGCUACUUGAUCUUAAGUCCGGCAUUUUCUGAAUCUUCCCUUAAUCAUGUUAAUAUAUUUAAUAAGGAGAUAAGAAGAAUGUGUUUUGAGUGUAGAGCGUGGUUACCUGUAGAUUUAGCCGCGCUAAACUGCAUUUGGAUCUGAAUAUGCAUCAUGGGGCUAUAGGAAAGUACUAUAUUUCAAGCUCUUUGUUUUCCCGAAAACUUGAAAACUUGAAAUCAAAUCUUAAGUUGAUUUCUGUCGUGUUUUCCCCCCAAAAAUGAGCUCUUGAGGGUCAUGUUUUGGAGAUUAUGUGGCUCGGUUAUCAUUGGUUACUGUUGACGGAAGUAAAGGAUUUCUUGUUGUGGUUCGGUUCCCUGUUGAGGCAAAUGGCUUUGGCACGUUGGUUGAGUGUGCCAGUGAUGGCUUGUUUUAUCAAGGAAUGGUGGUAGGAGGUGUAGUGGAUGUACUACUGUGUGUGUGUGUUGGCUUGUGGUACACUGAUGUUCUCAGUCCAUCUGCUGUAGUAUGGAGGGACACGUCUAGGAAGAGAAGGUGUUGAUUGGUUUCUGUCGCCAUGGUGAACUGGCUUCUCUGGUGCUGGGCAUUGUGAUUAUUGAGGAGUUCUGUGGGGUCGUUCUGGUGGUGAAUGUGUCGUCUACUUUCUGUUACCAGCAGAGGGGUUGGAAAUGUGGUGCAGAGAGGGCAGAUUUUUUGAAAGAUGCCAUGAAGAUUUCAGUGAUGGGUGGAGACAGAGGGGAAGCCGUAGACAGUCCAUGGAUUUGCUUGUAGAUCUUGUCUUGAAAGUGAAAUAUGAAGUGUCGAAGCAACUGGAGGCAUGGUUGAUGAUGCUUUGACUUCAGGGUCUAGGUUGUGAAUUCUGGUUUGGAGGUUGUGGAAGAUGACAAAGGCUUCUUGUUGAGGGAUGUUGGUGAAGAGGUCAAUGAUGUUAUCAGCUGACCAUGGUACCUGUGAGAUUUGCUUCUUUCAGCUGAUGAGAGGUACUGGGCGGUGUUGUUGAAGACAGAUCCUCUGGAACUUGUAUUCUGUUACUGAUGCAUAUGGGGCUUGAGAAUUGAUGGAGUGUCAUUUAUCUCUGUUUUCUGGAGCUCUUUCAGGGUCUUCUUAUGUUGACAUUCUGCUUCAGCAGUGUGACUUUCUGGAUGGUCAGGUGAGUGGUCAUGUCAGAGAGGGUGGUGUUGACAAGCUGAAGGAAAUCUAGGAUGUUCAUGACGACAGCUGCUUUGCCUUUGUCAGCUCCUGUUAUGGUGUUAUCUUUCUGGAGUGCAGUCAUGGCAUGUCUCUCGUGGGUGGUGAGGUUUUGGUGUGGUUUGGGGGCUUUCUGGAUCAAGAUUAUUUUUUGCUGCUGUCAAGGUGUACCAGAAAUCAAUCCAAGAGUGGAAUUCAUGACCACACAUCUGUGGUCAAGUCGUGAAAGUGUACCCCUGUUGACAAGGGAGCAUAUGAUGCAUAUGCUCGCUGCAGAAAGUCAUUGAAGCGACUUGUGAGAGAGCAACCUUAAGUCCUGCUGGAGAGCAGCAGCUGGAGUGUGCACUGUUCCAAGUUGGACAUGACUCUGCUUGGACGUGAUUUCACAGCAGAUUGUUAACGUGUUUACAGUAAUGUCAAUGUCAUAUGCUGUGCCCAUGAUGUGAUUAAAUCAUUACCCUCAUUGCAACAUCUA